UUGUUACCAUUUCUGUAAUAAUUUGUACACAAAGAUACAAAAAGCCUGAACUGUACACAACCCAAUGCUAAUCCAAUCCCCAACCGCAGGUCAACCUCAUUACCUCUCUCUCUCUUUUAUGCCUUGCUUAUAUAUGCAUGCCAUCAUAUAUUGGAACCCUCAUCCUUCUAAAACUUGAACACUCAAUUCAUGAUCCUCCUUCUUGAUUCUCACUAACAUAUAUAUUUCCUUGCUCUUCUUGAAAUUUCUUGUUUUUUACAAAGAUAGAUAUAUAUAUUUUCUUUCUUCAAAAUGACACAACUUGCAGACAGGAACUUGAUUCCAGGCCUACCUGAUGAGAUAGCCAUGGAGUGUUUAAUAAGAGUCCCGUAUAAAUUCCAUUCCAAUAUGAAAUCAGUUUGCCACACUUGGCAAAAUUUGCUCUCUAGCCUUUCAUUUUAUCAGGAAAGGAUUAAAUCUGGCACUGCUGAACAACUUGUCUGCCAAAUCCAGCCUCUUCCUUCUCCCUGUCCACACUUAGAGGGAGAAGCAGAAGAAGAAGAUUCAACUCUUGUUGUUUCUGAGUUUCCAAGAAUCGGAAACAUCAAGAAAGAAGAUGAAGACCAACAGCAACAAGACCACCGCCAUCAACAACAACAACAAGUUCAAGAGAUUAACAACAGCCCACUUCAAUAUGGACUGAGUGUUUAUAACUGCGACAAUCAAACAUGGCAAAGGAUAAGGCCAAAGUUUGGUUCAGGUAAUAGUAAAACAUGGGGAAUUCCAAUGUUUUGUCAGUGUGUUACACUUCAAUCUCGUGGAAAGCUAUUGCUUUUAGGUGGUUGGGACCCUGCAACACUUGAACCAGUUCCUAAUGUGUAUGUUCUUGACAUGGUUAAAGGCCCCAGUUGGAGGCGUGCUGCCCCUAUGUUAGUUGCCCGUUCUUUCUUUGCUUGUGCGGUGGUUGGGGGGAGUAAAGUUUAUGUGGCAGGAGGGCAUGACAAUCAGAAGAAUGCUCUAAAAUCAGCAGAAGUUUAUGAUGUGGAGGCUGAUGAGUGGAGGAUGUUGCCUGAAAUGGAAGAGGAAAGAGAUGAAUGUCAAGGGAUGUCUUGGGAUGGUGAUGACAGAUUCUGGGUUGUGAGUGGCUAUGGCACUGAAAGCCAAGGGAGAUUCAGGGCUGAUGCUGAAUGUUAUAAUCCGGCAACUGGGAUUUGGUCUAAAGUUGCUGGGGUUUGGCCGUUUCCUAGUAUUAGCCCCAGAGGCACCACAACUCCAAUUGCUUCCAAUAAUAGCAGCACCAAGGGAAAGCAAUGCCACUGUCUGUGGUUCUUGUCAAAAGAGCAACUAAUAUUGCAGCAACAACGACAUGGGGAAGUGAAUUUAAUUGCAAAAGAGUAUGAAGAGGAGGAGAGGAAAUGGAAAAUGGUGAGUUCAAUUGUUGGACUUCCCAAUACCAUAACUGGGACAUCUCCAUGUGUUAGUGUUACCAGGCUUGGAGACUUUGCCAAAGGUAAUAAUAAGUGUGAGCAGAGGAUGUUUGUGAUGACUGGAAAUGGAAGUAGAGGGACAUCAUCAUCAUCAGCUGAAGCAACAUGCAGUGAAUGUGAAGGAGAGGGAGCUUUCAUAAUGGAGAGAGAUAAUAAGAAUGGUAACACAAAGUGGACUCAUGUGCACAUGCCUGCUGGCUUUUCUGGCUUCCCAUACUCUGCUUCUCACAUCCUUAUCUAAUUAAGAUAGAUUAAGAGACUUCAAGUUAGAUUAACAGUUAAUUAUAACAUCUGAUCUGGGUGUUUUUGUUAGAGAUGAGAUGUAUUAUGCCUUAAAAAUUUGUGACUUUUGGUUUUGGGUACUAAAGUAAAUAGUUGGAGAUGGCCUCUAUAUGUACUUUUUCUUAUCGGUUAUUAAGCCAUGUAGUCGGCUGUUGUCACUUUGAUUAUUAAGAAUGAUCUAUUAGAACGAA